AUGUAUCGUCUUACUAACAUGAAGUAUAAAGGAAAAGGGCAUAUAAGAGAGUAUAUAAUGAAAUUGUCUUACAUUCGUUUCAGAUUAAAGAUAUUAAACUUGGAACUUUUGGAAGAGUCCAUUAUUUACAUGGCUUUGAACUCUCUUUAUGCACAAUUCAAUCAGUUUAAGGUGAGCUAUAACUGUCAAAAAGAUCCUUGGUCCCUUAAUGAGCUUAUUUCACAUUGUGUGCAAGAGGAGGAGAGGUUAAAAUCAGAACAAUGUGAAAGUGCUCAUUUCACUCUAUCCUCAUCGGAAAAGGUAGAGGGUAAAGGAAAAUACAAGGGCAAACAAUUUUCUGGUGGUCCACCUAAGAAGAAGUAA